AUGUUUAGAUUUCACAAAACCCUCGAUGUAAUCACCCUAUUCCACAAGGCAAGCUUGCCAACCUCAACGAGAGUCCACACCAUCCUCAAGACAGCUUCUGCUACAGCCUCAGAGACCGCGACCGAGGAUCAAGCUGGCGAUCACUCUGCGCAAAGCAAUCCUAAGAGAAAGGAAUUCGAGCUCGAUGUGCAAGAGGAACCUCCCACCGAAGAUCAGCUCAAGACCAUUAUUGAUUACCUUGGUACCAACAAGAUCUCUACGCUUGUGAAAGGAGCGAAGACGGAGCUUGAAGCUAUAAAGAAGUUGAAGGAGAAUGGUGAUAACUUUCAGAGACCGGUGACUGUUGAUUGGGAGAACGGAAAGGCUGUGGCGGGAGACAACGAGUCGGAGAUCCUGAAGCUGGUGCAGGCCCUGCCCGGUAAAUAA